CCGGCUCUUGCGCUGCGGGACGGGACGGGCCCUCUGCGCGCGGGAGCGGGACCUCGCGGGCAAUGGAGCACGCGGCGGCUCCGGACCGCCUGUGAGCGGCGCCGAGGGGCGGCGCGCGAUGCCUUCCCCGGCGGGGCGCGCGGGGGCCCUGGCCUGGCUGCUGCCCCUGGUCCUCGCCGCUCCCACCGCCGCCUGGCCGUCGGACCCCCUCCCGCUGCAGCCCAGCAUGCCCCAUGUGUGUGCUGAGCAGCAGCUGACCCUGGUGGGGCACCGCCAACCCUGUGUGCGAGCCUUGAGCCGAGUGGUGCCCAUGUGGAAGCCGGGAUGCAGGCAGCAGGUGUGGUGCCUGGGCCACGAGCGCAGAACUGUCUACUACACGAGCUACCGGCAGGUGUAUGCCACAGAGGCCCAUACCGUGCUCAGGUGCUGCCCAGGGUGGAGCCAGCUGCCUGGCCAGGAGGGCUGCCUGUCUGAUGUGGAUGAAUGCCGAGCACACAACGGUGGCUGCCAGCACCGAUGCGUGAACACGCCUGGCUCCUACUUCUGCGCCUGCAAGCCCGGCUUCCGGCUGCACUCGGACGGCAGGACCUGCCUGGCCGUCAACUCCUGCACCCUGGGCAACGGCGGCUGCCAGCACCAGUGUGUGCAGCUCACGACCUCACGGCACCGCUGCCAGUGCCAGCCCGGGUUCCGGCUCCAGGAGGAUGGCAGGCGCUGUGUCCGGAGAAGCCCAUGUGCGGAGGGGAAUGGCGGCUGCAUGCACACAUGCCAGGAGCUCCAGGGCCUGGUCCAGUGUGGAUGCCACACGGGCUUCCGGCUGGCUGCAGACCGCAAAGCCUGCGAAGACGUGGACGAGUGUGCCACAGGCCUGGCCCAAUGUGCCCACGGCUGCCUCAACACGCAGGGCUCUUUCAAGUGUGUGUGCCAUGCGGGCUUUGAGCUGGGUGCUGACUUCCGGCAGUGCUACCGCAUCGAGAUGGAGAUUGUGAACAGCUGCGAGGCCCACAACGGCGGCUGCUCCCAUGGCUGCAGGCACAGCAGUGCGGGGCCCCUGUGCACCUGCCCCCAGGGCUACCAGCUGGACCGAGACCAGAAGACCUGCGUGGACGUGGACGACUGUGCCGACGCCCCGUGCUGCCAGCAGGUGUGCGCCAACACCCCUGGGGGGUACGAGUGUGGCUGCUACGCCGGCUACCGGCUACGCACUGAUGGCUGCAGCUGUGAGGACGUGGACGAAUGCGCCUCCAGCCGAGGCAGCUGCGAGCACCACUGCACCAACCUGGCCGGCUCCUUUCAGUGCUCCUGCGAGGCUGGCUACCGACUGGACGAGGACCGCAGGGGCUGCACCCCUCUGGAGGAGACUGUGGUGGAUCCGGACGGGCAGCUGCCCUUUGAGCGGCCCCUGCCCCACAUCGCGGUGCUGCAGGACGAGCUACCGCAGCUCUUCCCGGCGGACCCUGGGGCCGAGGAGGAGGCAGAGUUGAGGGGAGAAUUCACGCUCACAGAGAAGUUUGUCUGCUUGGAUGACUCCUUCGGCCACGACUGCAGCUUGACCUGUGACGACUGCAGGAACGGCGGGACCUGCCUUCCAGGCCUAGAGGGCUGCGACUGCCCGGAAGGCUGGACCGGGCUCGUCUGCAAUGAGACUUGUCCGCCAGACACCUUCGGGAAGAACUGCAGCUCCCCCUGCAGCUGCCAGAACGGUGGGACCUGCGACCCGGUGACCGGGACCUGCCGCUGCCCCCCGGGCGUCAGCGGGGCCCACUGUGAGGACGGUUGCCCCAAGGGCUUCUAUGGCAAACACUGUCGCAAGAAAUGCCACUGUGCCAACCGGGGCCGCUGCCACCGCCUCUACGGGGCCUGCCUCUGCGACCCAGGGCUCUACGGCCGCUUCUGCCAUCUCGCCUGCCCGUCCUGGGCCUUUGGGCCGGGCUGCUCAGAGGAGUGCCGCUGCGAGCAGCCCCACACCCAGUCCUGCGACCGGAGGGAUGGCAGCUGCUUCUGCAAGGCCGGCUUUCGGGGCGACCGGUGCCAGGCAGAGUGCGAGCCAGGCUUCUUCGGGCCCGGGUGCCAGCGCAUGUGCACCUGCCUGCCGGGAGUGGCCUGCGACCCCGUGAGCGGCGAGUGUCAGGACCAGUGUCCCCCGGGCUACCAGGGGCCCGACUGUGUCCAAGAGUGCCCGGCGGGGACAUUUGGCGGGAACUGCUCCGGGUCCUGCUCCUGUGGGCAGGCCCCCUGCCACCGGGUCACGGGCCAGUGCCUGUGCCCGCCAGGGAAGACCGGGGAGGACUGUGGGGCAGGCUGUCCUGAGGGCCACUGGGGGCUGGGCUGCCAGGAGAUCUGCCCCGUGUGUGACCAUGGUGGCCGCUGUGACCCCGAGACCGGAGCCUGCCUGUGUCUCCCCGGCUUUGUCGGCCGCCGCUGCCAGGAUGCUUGUCCAGCAGGCUGGUUUGGGCCUAGCUGCCAGAUGAGGUGCUCUUGUGCCAAUGAUGGGCACUGCCACCCAGCAACUGGACAAUGCAGCUGUGCCCCCGGGUGGACCGGCCUCAGCUGCCAGAGAGCCUGUGACAGUGGGCACUGGGGACCCGACUGCAGCCACCCCUGCAACUGCAGCGCAGGCCACGGGAGCUGUGACGCCACCAGUGGGCUAUGCCUGUGCGAGGCUGGCUACAAGGGCCCUUGGUGUGAGCAGCAGUGUCCCCAGGGCUACUUCGGGCCCAGCUGUGGGCGGCGAUGCCAGUGUGAGCACGGGGCGGCUUGUGACCACGUCAGUGGGGCCUGCACCUGCCCGCCCGGCUGGAGGGGCAGCUUCUGUGAGCUCGCCUGCCCGGCCGGCUUCUUCGGAGUGGACUGCCACCGCGCCUGCGACUGCUCUGCCGGGGCCGCCUGCGAUGCUGUGACGGGCUCCUGCGUCUGCCCAGCCGGCCGCUGGGGACCCCGCUGUGCCCAGACCUGCCCAGUCCUCACCUACGGCCUCAACUGUAGCCAGGCCUGCGCCUGCUCCAACGGGGCCUCCUGUGACCCUGUCCAUGGGCAGUGCCACUGUGCACCUGGCUGGAUGGGGCCUGCCUGUCUUCAGGCCUGCCCUGCCGGCCUAUACGGCCAGAAUUGUCAGCACUUCUGCCUCUGCCGGAACAAAGGGAGCUGUGACGCUGCCACCGGCCGCUGUGCGUGCCCGGAGGGCUGGACCGGGCUGGCCUGUGAGGACGAGUGCCUCCCGGGAUUCUACGGGGCCGGCUGCCGGCUGAGCUGCAGCUGCCUCCAUGGGGGCCUCUGUGACCCGCACACGGGCCGCUGCCUGUGCCCGGCUGGCUGGACCGGGGACAAGUGCCAGAGCCCCUGUGCCGAGGGCACCUUUGGGACCCACUGCGAGGAGCGCUGUGCCUGCCGGCGGGGAGCCACAUGCCACCAUGUCACGGGGGCCUGCCACUGUCCCCCCGGGUGGAGGGGCUCACGGUGCGAGGAUGCCUGCCAGCGAGGCUGGUUUGGAGAUGCCUGUGCCCGGCGCUGCCGCUGCCCGCCGGGGGCCUCCUGCCACCACGUCACGGGGGCCUGCCGCUGUCCGCCUGGCCUCACCGGGCCUCGCUGCGAGCAGGCCUGCCCUCCUGGCACCUUCGGAGAGGGCUGUGGGCAGCUGUGCCAGUGUCCGGGCCAGAACUGGAUCUGUCACCCGGCCACGGGGGCCUGCACCUGUGCUGCCGGCUACCACGGCCCCGCCUGCCUGGAACGAUGCCCGCCGGGGCGCUACGGGCCGGGCUGCGAGCAGCUAUGCAGGUGCCUCAACCGGGGCUCCUGCGAUGUGGCCACAGGGGCCUGCCACUGCCCCGCCGGCUUCCUCGGGCCUGACUGCAGCCUCUCCUGUCCACAGGGCCGCUUCGGCCCCGACUGUGCCCGCGUGUGCAGAUGUGGACAGGGGGCAGCCUGUGAGCCCGUGACCGGCACCUGUGCCUGCCCUCCCGGGAGGACCGGCGUCCACUGUGAGGACGGCUGCGCCCCGGGCUGGUUCGGCAUGGGCUGCGAGCACCAGUGCGCCUGCAGGAACGGAGGCCUGUGCCACGCUGCCACGGGCAGCUGCUCCUGCGGCCUGGGCUGGACGGGGCCACACUGUGAGCAGGCCUGUCCCCCGGGGCGCUAUGGGGCCGCCUGCCGCCUGGAGUGCGCCUGUCACAACAACGGUACCUGUGAGCCCACCACGGGCGCCUGCCGCUGCAGCCCGGGCUUCUAUGGCCCGGCCUGCGAGCACCCCUGUCCCCCCGGCUUCCACGGCCUGGGCUGCGAGCGGGCCUGUGAGUGCCAGCGGGGAGCCUCCUGCGACCCCGUCAGUGGCCAGUGCCUCUGUCCCGCGGGCCUCCAAGGACAGCUCUGCGCGGACGGGUGCGAGCCAGGCUCCUUCGGGGAGGGCUGCCGCCAGCACUGUGACUGCGGUGAGGGGGUGCCCUGCGACCCCACCAGCGGCCUCUGCCUCUGCCCGCCGGGGCGCACGGGAGCCACGUGUGACCUGAUUUGCAGAGGGAACCACUUCGGGCCCAGCUGUGCCCUGCGCUGUGACUGCCAGGGUGGAGCUGACUGCGACCCCGUGAGUGGGCAGUGCCACUGCGUGGACGGCUACAUGGGGCCCACGUGCCAGGAAGCUCCCGUGGGGUGGGAGGACAGAGGAGGACAGAGGAGGACGGGCUCAGAGGCUGUGCCGGCCUGUCUAGGCGGAUGUGAGCUGGACGUGUGGGCCGCCCCAGGUCCCCAUGCCCUUGUCCCCAGCCCAGGACACAGGGACUCACCCAGCCUCCAACAGCACAGCGCCCCAGCUCAGCAGGAGGGAAACCAAGCACUAGCUCAGGAGCCCCCUGGCACGAUGCCCUGCCACCAGGUGCCACCGAGGGACCCAGGCCUGUGGUGACAGCUGAGGACAUGUGAACCAGGACCCCAGGCCCGGUCCUCUCUGGAACGAUGUGGACAGCUGCAUGGCCUCUUGGGCUGCCAGGGCCCGCUGCUGGGAGGAACCUUGGGAGUGGACAGGCCUGGGCGGCACUGCCCACACUGGGUGCCCUCGGGCUGUGCUGAGGAAGCUUGGCUUAGCCCGGCACUGGAUCGGGACUGGAAGGGGCGGUACAGGGUGGGGUGGGGCAGGCUCUCCGGUGCCAGGCCUGGACUGCUGCAGCUGGCCGCCUGUCCAGCUGAAAGUGAGCCUGGCCGUAUUUAUGGGCAGUGCUGCUGCAGCCCAGGUCAGCUGGAAACGGCCCCUCGAGGAAUCCCAGACUCGGGUCAGCCGGGCCCAGAAGCCUGGCCGGCAGCUCAGGAUCUGCGUGAUGCCGUGGGUUAAAGGAGCAGGCAGCUUCCUCGUGGCCGUGUCUGUGCUGUUUUCGUGGACUCUGUGGGUUCCUCCCUGGCCAGUGGGCAGGGGGCCCUUGGACAGGAAUCUACGCUCAACCAGGGAGGCAAGACAGGUGCUCUGGUGGCGCCAGGGUGUCUCCUGGUCUCCAGGCCUGUACGGGGGAAUGCUGAGGCUGCCCAGGCGAGUGACCCGCAGAACACAGCUUCGAUGCCCCAGACCCAGCAGGUGGCCGGUGCUGGGGCCUGUGGGUGUGAAGCAGGGCCCGGAGGGAGGGGCCAGGGUGGUGUGGGGCAGCCUGGGCAGAGGGCGAGCUCCCCCACCCAGCCCCAGCCAGCCUCAAUGCGGGAGGGGUCAUGGGAGGCCACGGAGCAUGGCGUUUAUCGAAUGGGCGCGUCUCUGACUGGUGGGUCGGCUGGUGGAGAGUGUGGACCCCGACAGUGGCAGGGGACACUGCCCUGAGACUCUGCCUCCACCCGCCACCUGCACAAGGUACCGCUGGGGUCUGGGCUGUGGUCCUUCAUCCCCUCCAAUGCCCGCCAAGGUGGCUGAUGCCCCAGGGGCACAGGAUCCUGCAGGGCCAAGGGAGGAGGGUUCCAGCAAGGUUCCAGUCACCCUGAACAGACACAGGGUGCCUGCAGCAGCGGGAGCCAAGUCGGCAGACCCCUGCACUGAGCCUUCCGAGGAAGCGGGGCCAGGGAUGACUGAGUGAUAAUGUGAUGCAGGAGCAAGGCGCCUGGGACCCCAGAGUGCAAAGGGCCGACCUGUGGGUGAGCUGAGCCGCCGGGAGCUGGGACUGCCGGCUCAGGACACCCUCCUGGGAGCCGAGCGGGGCUUACAGAGGGCCACAGAGAAAGGCUAAUGGGAGUGGCCGAGGAAAGGUCAGAGUCCACCUACGUGAGCUCUACGCCAGUCCAGUCGAGACACCACCGGUGGAAAGCACUCAGCGGGGUCUCAGCUCCAAGGGCAGAGAAAAACAAAACUACUGAGGCUGACAUUCAGAGCAGGCAGUCCUCAUUAAGGACAGCUCCAGUCCGGUGACCAGGUCGUUAAAUGAAUUGGUCACUAACUGAGGAGUUAUUUAUAGUGUGUAUAUUACAAUAUUCAGAACCAAAACAUGGUCAAAGGAAGCUCCAGCCUGAUGACUUCACUGUUGUUCGCCAUAACUCGUACAUGCAGCACUGUAAUGCAUGACAGAAAAAGAACUCCAGCACUGUACUGUGUGGGAGUCAGCAAAAAUUACAGUACUGUAUGCACAAGGCGUGCUAUACUCAAAACGACAUGGAGGCUCUGUAAACACAACGUACAGACUGUACCAAAAAGACAGUUGUGAGUCUGAGCAGUCAUUAAACAGGUAGGUUGUUUAAUGAGGAAUAUCUGCAAUGUCGAGGGCAGAGAGGAAUUCUGAAAUGCCCGGAGGAGUAAGGAAGGGGGUCAGAUGGAUGGGAGACUUUAUUUUUGUUUUGUUUUUUUGUUUUUUUGAGAUAGGGUCUGUCUACGUAACCCAGGCCAGCCUUGAACUUGUAGUGAGCCUCCUGUCUCAGCCUCCCAAGUGCUAGGAUUUUCAGGCAUGCACCACCAUGCCUGGCUGAUGGGAGACUUUAGAGAGAGCCAGAAAAUGAUGCUUUGGCCUCAAGAUGCCCAAGAAUUUUUUUUUUUUUUUUUGCCAAGAAUUUUGAAACCUGAAUUUUAUGCCCAGCUCAACUGUCAUGAUGCGUAUACAUAUCAAUGCAUGAUCCCGGGUCUCUCUGCCAGCCGUGGCCUGGUCUGAAAUUCUCCUGGGGAAUGUUCCUCAGCAAGAGGAGUGAGGGGCCUGGAGUGGAGGGAGCUGAGACAUUAUUCACUACAUUUCCCAUGCGCCUUAAUAAUUAAGAAAAGCAAAACCUUCCUAUUAAUCUACAAAGGCAUCCCUGGACCACGCUGCGAGGGUGGGGGUGGGGCAGGUGAGGGUGGAAGUCACUGGUCCUGGGGUGAAAGACACCAGUGUCCAGGGGAGCUGAGGCGGGCGGCAGGGUGGGACCUGGGGGUCUGGGCCUGUCCACCGAGGGGAGGAAGUCAGCUGUAAAGCAUGCAGAGAAACAGGCUAAGAACUAACAUGAGUGGUUACGGGGAGGAUCCGCCACAGCCCUACAUCGAAUUAGAACCAGAGUAGUGAAGACCCAACUAAAGGGUAGAAAGAGCCAUGGAAAGCAGAGUUGAGGAAGCAGCUCCCCUACUGCACGGUGGGUGAAUGCAUCGUGACUGUUGCGAAGCACAUUCACACACAUACCUGACUCCCAGCACUCUAGGUAUAGCAGGAAGAAAUAAAUACAUUAUAGCUCUUUACAAAACCAACAGGUUGAGUAAGCAAUACCAGUAACAAUUUGAAUAAACUUAAGUACACAUA